UAUUCGUCAUGCAGUUAAACAGCAUGGAUGAAUUAUUCAUACAAGUGGAUACACGAUACAUACACACUGGUAUUACGUUUAUUGCUGCUGAUCGAAGCCUGCCGAGGGCAUUGUGAAUCACUGUACAAGUGACUGCGUAUCGAUCUGAUAUAUGUAUUGAAUUGGUUUCCAUCUAGGUCAUACCUGUGUUGUCCAACUGCCAUUUUGAAAUAUAAAUAUCUGAAUGAGGUGAAGGAGAUUUUGUAAUACAGUAAAAUGAAAGUAUAACAACUUAUUCGUUAAAACUUCAGGAAAUAGUCAUGACCACUGAAGGGGAAGGCCGUGCUGUGGCACUUCAGAGAUACAAGAUUUUAGCCGGUCUGAUGGGACUGUUGUCUGCCGGACUGUUGAUCAUUGGAAUUAUCGCCGUUACCAAGUACCCGGAUAGUGGCUUCGGACCCCCAUAUUUCAUCGGAUGUUUUGUCGUCGGAUGUUUGGGUCUGAUUCACGCGCUGGUGUGUACCUUCAUCGCUUUUAAAGGCGGCGAUAUCGAUAAUGAUGACAUCAAGAAAAGAGAAAUAGGAUGCGCAAUGACUGGACACUACAUACUGUCUAUGUUUCUAUUUAUGGGCUGUUUCAUUGGUACGAUUCUCGCCGGCAUCGGAGGUCUAGGUCGUAGUAGUUACUUUGACGAAAAAACUGGAUAUGAGGACAAAGUGAAGACCCUAUCUGGUAUUAUAAUUGCCGGCUGCAUAUUGACGUUAGGUGUUAACGUGUUCGGCAUGUGUAUCGUAUGCACCUAUGGCAGCUAUUUUGGUGUUCAUAUUCAAAAUCGUCAACGAGGUAGAGCUGUGAUAACAUUCGGAACAACUGGAACAGGCACAAACACUGCUUUUGUCACACACACGGGAGGCUUACAAAUGGGCGGGAUGGGUGCGAAUGCCGAUAUACAAACUCUUCAGGAACAAAAUAGACUGCUUCAAGAGAACCUACGGCUCCAACAAGAGCUGUUUAACCAGCAACAACGAGCGCAAGGAAACCAGUAUGGAUUUAACCCCCCUCCUCCGUCAAACUACCCCCCGGGGGGAGUGUAUCCCCCACCGGAUCCUUCCUUCCCAUCGGCACCUCCGCCUAGCUAUGAUACAGUGAAAUAGAGAGCUAUCUAGUAUAUUGGUCUUAACCAUUUUUGUACGGAAUAACUGAACUCGUUUCCAGCGUCGUUAUGUUUAUGCGUUGAACUAACUAGCAUAAAGACGCAAUACAGCGGCCAUACGUUUAAAUUGUAUUGCUAUUUUCAUCAAACUAAAUAUAAUUAUCUACCAACUAUGAUGGUUUAUAACCUAUCAACAGUGCAUUCAUGAUGAAUCAGUUCAUUUUCUCCACGAAUUAAGUAAAAAUCGUUUACAAUACGACGUGUACAUAACCAUUUUCUUGUAUAUUGGUUAUUAUUUAGUGUACUUGUUACCCCAUUGGAACAAGAGUUUUAUCUUUCAUUAACUUCGAGUGUACGAUACACACAAUUGUACGAUACAUUUUAUUUGUGCUA